AUGGCGAACCGUCAACGUACUCUUCACCCCAAGAUUCUCACUAUCAAAGACCUCAAAGAAGAGGCAUCGAAGAAAUUACCACCCAUGUAUAGAGACUACUUCAACGAAGGCGCCAUGGACAUGAUAACCCUCCACGACAACGAAGCCGCCUUCACCCGCUACAAAAUCCGCCCCCGCAUCCUGACCGACGUCUCCGCCGUCGACGCUUCCACCACCAUCUUCGGCCAGCGCGUCGCCUUCCCGUUCGGCUUCGCGCCCGCCGCCAGCCACAAGCUGGCCCACCCGGAUGGCGAGGCGGCCACGGCGCGGGCGGCGGCGCGCGUGGGCGUGUGUAUGGGGUUGAGCGCGUAUGCGACGACGGGGUUGGAGGAGGUGGCGGCGGCAGCGGGGGAGGAGCUGGGGAAGGGGGUGCAGAAGGGGGAGCAAAAGGUGCAGGAGGGGUGGCAGGGGCCGCCGCUUGCGAUGCAGUUGACGAUGUUUAAGGAUAGGGGGGUUUCGGCGAGGAUUUUGAAGAGGGCGGAGGAUGCGGGAUACAAGGCUGUGUUCUUGACUGUUGAUUGCCCCGUCCUGGGUAUGAGGCUCAACGAGUACCGCAACAACUUCGCGAUGCCCGACGACAUGACGUUUCCGAACCUGACGGAAAACCCUGAUCAGCCGAUCAGCCUCGCGGAUGGCGAUGCUAAGCUGUCGUACGACAGCGGUCUUUUGUGGGAAGACGUCAUCCCGUGGUUACGCUCCAAGACAAAAAUGGAGAUCUGGGUCAAAGGCGUCUAUACCGCCGAUGACGUUAUUCUCGCAAUCAGACACGGCGUUGACGGCGUGAUCGUAUCAAAUCAUGGCGGCCGUCAGCUGGACGGCGUGCCAGCGACACUGGACGCGCUGCGCGAGUGCGCCGCCGCUGGUGCGGGCCGCAUCCAGAUUGGCAUCGACGGUGGCAUCCGCCGGGGGACCGACAUCUUCAAAGCGCUGGCUCUGGGUGCCACGCAUUGCUUUGCGGGGAGAGUUCCGAUUUGGGGGCUUGCGCACGACGGACAAGAAGGAGUUGAACUCGCAUUGAACAUCCUGAUGGCGGAGUUCAAAAUGACAAUGGGUCUGGCUGGGUGA